AUGUCACCAAUUACUCGUAGUCAAACAAGUCUAAGACGUUGGUUAUAUCCUGUUUUCCCAACAUCGGCCCAAAUUGAAGAUGCUUUUCAAAGUUCUGUAGUGCGUAUACAAGGGGAUGCACGAAAACUGCUUGGUGUAAAUUUAUCUGUACUAGAAAUUCGUCAAAAUCUUUACAACAGUAAUUUACAAGAAUAUUGGUUGGUUAAUAAUUUCGAAGCUUUACAAGAUGUUAUGUAUUAUAUAAUGAAAAGAAAAUUAUUCAAAAAAUAUAAAGACCAAUUAAUUGCUGCUGGAGUAGAAGUUGCAAAAAUAAUGGAUUCGAUGCAAUUAUCAAUUAUGACAAUUAUUGAUGAUAGCAAUAAAAAUCCAAAUAAUUCAUUGCAUUAUCAUUUUGGUGAUAUUGAUGGUACUAGAGGAAAGCAAGAGUCAUUAAUUAUAAUAAUUCUUGGAGAUAUUCAAUACCAUUUCGAAAAUAUUAUUAGCAGAUUAGAUGUUGUUAAUGACCAGCGGCUGACUAAUCAACAUCACAAAUUAAAUUCUGUUCAACUACGUGGCAAAGUAAAAGAACAAGUUUUAAGAUAUGUCGAAGAAGAAAUUUCAAAAAGAUCACCAGAUUUGAUUAAUCAUGGCAAUAUUAAUAAAGAUCAAUUAACAAAAAUUAUACAUGGAUCAAGUACUGACUAUGCUUUGUAUACAAGUGGUGCACAAAUAAUAAAUAAAUUGACAUCAAGAGUUUACGAAGAAUGGCCAACAAAAAUGCAUCAAAGAAUAUGGGGUUACUUCACACAUCGUAAUCUUGUAAAAAGUCGUGAGCCUGAUGUGGUCAUCAAACCAAACAUUAAUGUUGACAAUAAAGAACUUUUUAGUGAUAAUGAUUCAAAGACAAAAACUACUGCAACUGACAAAAAAUUUAAAUUAUUCAACAAAAAAGUUUUAAAAAAUAAAGAUUUCAACAUUUUUUUGGGUCAAUAUCAAUAUGACUUAACGGGAAAACCUUUACAAUUAUUCCAUUUACCAGAAUCAAUUGCAAGAACCAACAAUAAACGUAUUCAAGCAAUAAUCAUGAAAAUUUUAAACAAUCACGAGAAUCCAAAAUUUACUUGUUUAUAUCGGCUUCAACGUUUAAAUGAAGAUGCAAAAAAUUAUAUUAAACCAGAUCCAGUACCGAUAUUUGAUGAAAUGAUAAAUUUUUUUGACGAAGCACCUUCUAAAGAAUUAUUAAAAAAAAAUGAUAAUAAAAUGAUGACUUCUAAAGGUAGAUCAACUAAGAAGAAAUUAGAUGAUGAUGUUUCUUCAUCUCCUUCAAAUCUAAUUGAGCAACAUUAUGAAGAUGAUAAGAAUGGAUUCUCAUUGAUAGACAAAUUAAUAACAGAUAAAGAUAAAAAAUUACAAAGUUUAAAUAAAGAAACUCAAACUGGAGUAGUAAGAAUUAUAUCAGACAUUUUUUCUACUGCUGAUCAAGUUACUUAUAAUUUUCAUAUACAUUCAGGUUAUAACAACACCAUCAUCACAUUAGCAAAUUCUCGUGGUGAUUCAUUAAUUACAAAAUCAAGUGGAAUUGUAGGCUUUAAAAAAGCUCAACGUGGUGGCUAUGAAGCAGCUCAUCAAACUGCUUCAGCUGUCAUCAAUGCAAUCAAAGAAAAAAAAAUUAAAGUUAGAAAUGCAGAAAUAUUUCUUAAAGGCUUUGGUGCCGGUAGAGAAGCUGCAUUCAAAGCUAUUGCCUCAGCUGAAAAUGAAUGGAGUAUUAAAAGAGUAACUGAUUCAACUCCAACUCCAUUCAAUGGUUGUCGCCCCAAAAAAACAAGAAGAUUAUAA